AUGCAGUCAGGCAGUUCCUUUUCCGCUUCGAGAGAAUCGAGAGAUUUGCCGCGAUCUUCUUCAGCGUCGCAGUCUUCUAUCGAAGCUGGGUACGAUACGCAAAGCCGAUCCUUCCUAAACCAAAAUGUUUUCAAGAACGCAAGACACUAUGUUCCGACCCGCCUCCUGAGCAAUCGCCGCCUCGCCAUCGCCUUCGGAUGUGCUAUAUUUCUUGUUAUUCUGAUAGUGGCCACAACCACGGGUCAACAAAAACGGGCCAUUGUUUUCGAACUCAAUGCUGCCACCAACCGCACAUUGGGCUUUGGUUCAAUAGAGAUGAUCAACUUGCCCAUCCGGCAGGAUAAGGCGGACGCUGCUACUGUUCAAGCAUUUCUAUCCGGCAUUGAUAUUAACAUCAUGGAAGGUGUUAAUGGCAGCCGCCUUGGCGAGGUGGGCAUGCCACCAAGCAGCAUUCCUGAUACUGAGCCUGGCUUAUCUGGCGGCGAGAAAGGUUGCUGGAGGUCACAUGCUAACGCUUGGAGAUCUAUGCUUCGUGCGAACAGGGGAACGGUCCUCAUCAUGGAAGACGAUGUGACGUGGGACAUCAACAUCAAGGAGGUCAUGCGCCUCGCUUCCUCUAACCUAGCCGUUCUUCUUAACGGCACUCGCAUGUUCGAUAUCGGCCAAUCGCAAUCCAAAGUACGCAAUGCUCUAUUUGACCCUUGGUACAGCGAUCGAUGGGACUUGAUCACUUUCGGACAAUGCGGUGACGGAGACGGCUGGAAGUCCGAACGGAUCAAGUACGACGAUCCUUAUACGAACGGGAAGCAAAGCGAGUACUUUGGCGUCGGUCUCAAGGGUGGCCGUCGGAUGGUCCGUCGAGCCGGCGGUAUGACGUGUACUGGAGCUUACGCCGUCAGUGCCCGAGGCGCUGCAAAACUUCUGCUCCGAAGCAACUUUGACUUGAACCUACCGGUAGAUGUCAUCAUGAAUGACAUGAUCGGGAACGGUCAACUGCACGCGUACAGCAUAUGGCCCCCACCAGUCGUACAAUGGCGGUACCGCGACAAGCUGGGUAUGUGGGGAUCCAUGGGAAGCGAUAUUAGGGUCGAGCACAAGGACCAGGAUCGGAGCGGGUGGCAAGAGGCACACAAAAAGCACGAUGUAUGGCAGCUGAAGGGUGACACGACGGGCUUGAAAAGUCCCGCAAUCAAGAGUGCCUGGGGUACAUUGAUCGGCCUUGACGAAGAAUGA